GGGGGGUCGGGGGCCGCGGGGGGCCCGGCGCUCCCCAGCGGAGAUGAGGAAACUGAGGCUCAGAGAGGUCACAUGGCUUGCUCGAAGCCCCCCAGCCAGUAAGUGGUGGACCCGACAGUUGGCACUGGCGCCUGACCUGACUUGCUGUCACUUUACCAUGGCCUUCUCAGAGCAGGACUGUGACGGGGCUGACCAGGGGGACCGUGGUCCUGGCUGAGGGCACUGCUCAGGCAAAGGUGUGACCCCACAUCCCUGCCCCCCGGGCCACCUGCAGGACGCUGGCCCCUACCCCUCAGCAGACGCCGGAGAGAGAUGAGUAGCAACAAAGAGCAGCGGUCAGCAGUGUUCGUGAUCCUCUUUGCCCUCAUCACCAUCCUCAUCCUCUACAGCUCCAACAGUGCCAAUGAGGUCUUCCAUUACGGCUCUCUGCGGGGCCGCACACGUCGGCCUGUCAACCUCAAGAAGUGGAGCAUCAGCCACGGUUACAUCCCCCUUCUUGGCAACAAGACGCUGCCUUCCCGGUGCCACCAGUGUGUGAUUGUCACCAGCUCCAGCCACCUUCUGGGCACCAAACUGGGCCCAGAGAUCGAGCGGGCUGAGUGCACCAUCCGCAUGAAUGAUGCACCCACCACAGGCUACUCGGCUGACGUAGGCAACAAAACCACCUUCCGAGUGGUGGCUCAUUCCAGUGUGUUUCGGGUGCUGCGCAGGCCCCAGGAGUUUGUCAAUCGGACCCCUGAAACUGUCUUCAUCUUUUGGGGUCCCCCAAGCAAGAUGCAGAAGCCCCAAGGCAGUCUUGUGCGUGUCAUCCAGCGGGCAGGCCUGGUGUUCCCCAACAUGGAGGCCUACGCCGUCUCUCCCAACCGCAUGCAACAGUUUGACGACCUCUUCCGGGGUGAGACGGGCAAGGACAGGGAAAAGUCCCAUUCGUGGUUGAGCACAGGCUGGUUUACCUUGGCGAUUGCGGUGGAGUUGUGUGAUCAUGUGCACGUCUAUGGCAUGGUCCCCCCUGACUACUGCAGCGGCCCCGCCUGCAGCGCAUACCCUACCACUACUAUGAGCCCAAGGGGCCAGAUGAGUGUGUCACCUACAUCCAGAAUGAGCACAGCCGCAAGGGCAACCACCACCGCUUCAUCACUGAGAAGAGGGUCUUCUCAUCUUGGGCGCAACUGUAUGGCAUCACCUUCUCCCACCCUUCCUGGACCUAGGCUAUCUUGCCUGUGGGACCUCGUGAGGGACACUGGAGAAGCCGUUCUGGACCCAGUUCAGAACCAUGGCAACUUCUGACCAAUCAAGGCUAGAGUACCUCUCAGCCAAUCAGGGCCUGGAGGGGUGUGUCCUUCAGCCAAUCCUCCAACCUGGGAGAUAUCUCUUGGCCAAUCAGGGAAUUGGGAUUCUUUGUGGUUAAUCAGGGGUGUCAGGUCGUCUUUCUUGUCCAGUCAGGGUCUGAGACUAGUCAAUCAGGGUAUAGGGGUCUUUCUGAGUCAAUCUGAGGCUAAGGAUAUUUCCUUUCCCAUGAGGCCUUGGUUCAGAACCCCAGGAAUGGAGCCCAGAUCACUCCUUACUUAGCUGGUGUCCUAUCCCAAGGAGCUGGGAACUUGGUGUUACACCCUCAAUUCCAGUCAUCAAAGAGAUGAGAGGG